AUGGACAGUGACCCAGAGUCAUCGGAAUGUCCAUUGUGCUUGGAAGUACUUGAAGCUGAUGAUUUGAAUUUCUUUCCAUGUACAUGUUGUUAUCAAAUUUGUCGAUUUUGUUGGCAUCGCAUUCGAACGGAUGAAAAUGGAUUAUGUCCUGCCUGUCGAAAACCAUACAGUGAAAAUCCGGCACAAUUCAAGCCAUUAACUGAUGAAGAAAUUCAACAAGUAAAGCGUGAUAGAAAAUUAAAAGAAUCCAAUAAAAAACCAAAGGUCACUGAAAGUCGAAAACAUUUGGCAAAUCUUCGAGUCGUUCAACGCAAUCUUGUAUUUGUCAAUGGUCUUCCAUCACGUUUAGCUGAUACUGAAUUGUUAAGACGAAAUGAUUAUUUCGGUAAAUAUGGUAAAAUAGUUAAAUUAGUUACAUCACCAGCACACAAUGGACAAUUAAAUUCUAUAUGUGUAUAUAUAACAUAUUCACGUUCAGAAGAAGCACUACGUGCUAUACAAGCUCUAUGUAAUUAUCAUGUUGAUGGUCGAACACUAAAAGCAACAUUGGGUACAACUAAAUAUUGUAGUCGAUAUUUAAAAGGUGCAUCAUGCCAAAAAGCUGAUUGUCUUUAUUUACAUGAACCCGGUGAUCCAUUAGCGAGUUUUACUAAAGAGCAGAUGCAACAAGGUCUACAUCUUGAAUAUGAAAGAAAACUUAUGGAUCAGUUUACUUCUAAAAAUGCAUCUGGACAAACCAAUACAACACCAAAAACAACACGAACUGGCGUAAAUGGUAAAAAAAACGAUUCACCACAACGACGAAAAACUCCAUCUCAAACAGCAUCAUCACUAUUAACUAGUAAUUCAGCAAUAUCAACCAAUGGACAAUCAGAUUUAGAAUCAGGUGAUGAAAUUCAUCAUCAUUCAUUAAAUGGUUAUAAUGCAGAGUCAUUUACACGCACGAAUCCUAUAAAUGUUGAUUCUGAUACAACAUCCACAUCAUCUCAAACAUCAUCUGAACAUGAUCCACAAGUAACAUCACUAGUAGUUCAAGCUCAAACAUAUACAACGUCUCCGACAACAAAUUGGCCAGAGGAACGAACAUCUUUUUUUGCCACAAAUAAUCUCGCAUCUUCUCAACAAGCAACCACAAUAUCAAAAUCUUUAUCUCAAGCAUCACCAUCUCUAAAUGUACCUGUAAACAGUCUAUUAUCGUCGCCAAAUAAUAAUUUAUUAACAGAAUCAACUAAUAAUAAUAAUACAGUGAAAAAUUACGAUCAAUUACCAGAAUAUAAAUUAUUUAGUUCGAAUGCACCAUCUAUACAUAAUCUUCUCUUUGGUAAUAAUGAAAAUUGUCAACAAUCUCAAAGACCAUUAAUCAAUGGAAUCGAUCACGACGUGAGAGAAAUUGAGAGAAGAUUAAUGGAAAAUGGUCUUAAUAAUGGUGAUACAUCUUAUUCUCAAGCACAAGAAAAUGAUGAACUUGGUUUUGAUCCAUGUAGUUUAUUUAUGUCAGCACUUGCAUCUGAUAUUGAAGAUGAACGACGACCAUUGCCAACAACAUUAUCACAUCGCCCUAUAUCAAAUUCAUAUAAUUAUUCAUCACAAUAUCCAUCUACAACGAAUUCUUCUAUUGGACAAAUAAAUCCACCGUGGCUAUUACAACAACCAACACAACAAUAUCAACAUUAUCAUGAUCAGCAAGCAAUAUUACAUAGUAAUGGUACCACGCCACAAAAACAGCAGCAGCAGCAGCAACAACACCACCAACAUCAACAACAACAACAACAGCAGCAGCAACAACAACAAAGAUAUCCCCUAUCAUUUAACGGAUCAUCGCCGAGACAGAUGUGGAAUGGCAAUCAGCAACCACAAUAUGCACCACCACAAGUAUCAACUCGUUUAGAUUUCACAAAUCAAAUUCAACAAAGACUUCCAUCAACACAAUCAUCAUCACAAUAUUCUCAAUCACUAAAUAAUAACAAUAAUAACAAUUCUUACUCUUCUAAUAGUGCAGUGCCCACCAAUAAUGUAUCAAACGAUCGAUGGAUAAAUCUACCGUGGACCGAUCCAGCUAUAAUAUCAUUCGGUAAUAAACUUGAUACAACAUCACCACAAUGGUCCACAACUACGCAAUCACAAGGAUCUUCCACAUUAUCCUCAGGAAAUAAUCUCAUACCAACAGCACGCUGGUCACAACAACAGUCGACACAAUCACAUAUGAUCACAAAUGGAAUCUAUGCGCCAUAUUCAGCGACAUCCAGUGUCGAUAAUGGAAAUCGUUCUUGA